AUGAAUGGAGGUGGGGUUGAAUGUUUGUGUGGGGGUUGGGGUUUGGGGGGGGUGGUGGGUGGUUGUUGUGGUUUGGGUUGGGGGGUUUUGGGUUUGGGGUUUGUGGUUGUUUGUGGGUUAGGUUUUGUGGGUUUGAUGGUUUUUGGGGUGGGGGGGUUGGUGUUGUUUUUGUGUAGUGGGUGGUUUGUUUGGUGGGGUGUGGUUGGUGUGUGGGGGGGUGGGGGGGGUUUGUGGUUUGUUUUGGGGUUUGGUUUGAGGGGGGGUUUUUUUUGUUGGGUGGUGGGUUGGGUGUGUUUGUGGUUGGGUGUGGGGGGGGGGGGUUUUGGGUGGGGGGGGUGGGGGUUUGUUGGGGUGGGUGUGGAGGUGUGUUUUGUGUGGUGUGGGGUGGUUGUGGUUUGGGUUGGGGUGGGUGUUGGAGGUUGGUGGGGGUGGGGGUUGUGUGGGGUUGUUUUGUUGGGGGGUGGGGGGUGUUUGGGUAGGGGGGGUGGGUUGUGGGUGGUUUGUGUUUGUUGGUGUUGUGGGUGGGGUGUGUUUGUUUGUGGUGUGGGGGGGGUUGGGUGUGGGGGUGGGGGGGGGGGGUUGGGUGGGGGGGUUGGGUUUGAGUUGGAGUGGUGGGGGGUUUGGGGUUGUGGGUGUGGUGGGGUGGGGGGGGGGGGGGGUGUGUGGGGGGUGUGUUUGUUGUUGGUGGUGUUGUUGGGGUGUUUGGGGGGUGUUUUGGUUGGGGGGGGGUGGGGGGGUGGGGGGUGUUGUGGUGUUUUUUUUUGUUGA